UGUAAGUGCAAAGGGCGAAUUCACACUCAAGAUGAUAAUAUCAUUCUUGAAAAAUCUCACGGGCAUCCUCCAAAUGCUGGCAAAAUUACAGCGAAAGAGAUUAUGAGUUCAAUUAAAGAGCGUGCGGUAACAACGCAAGAAUCGACACAUUCUUUAGCAGCAGUUGGUACAAUUGGUCUUCCUUGUGCUGUUUCGGGGCAUAUACCACCAGUGGAAAAUAUUAAAAAAAUUAUCAGAUAUGCUCGACACGGAGAAAUGCCAUUGCAUAAUCCUAGAUGUCUUGAAGAAUUAGUAAUCCCAGAACAGUUUUCAAAAACACUAAAAGAAGAGAAAUUUUUGCUGUAUGACAGUGGAGUGCAGACAGACAGAAUUCUAAUUUUUUCGACCCUCAGAAAUCUGGACUUCAUGGCUGAAUGUCCGAACUGGUUUGCUGAUGGAACUUUUAAAGCAACACCACCGCUUUUCAGUCAGAUUUAUACAAUCCAUGGUGUUAAAUAUGAUAAUGUGAUACCUUCAGUGUAUGUAUUAAUGCCAAACAAACGCGAAGAAACAUACAAUAGAGUGUUUACGGUGAUAAAAUCUUUGAAACCGAAUCUGCAGCCCAAAACUGUAAUGACUGAUUUUGAAAAGGCUGCCAUAAAUGCCUUUAAAAAUUCCUUUCCGAAUAUCAUUCAGAGAGGAUGUUUUUUUCAUUUAAGUCAGUGUGUGUAUAGAAAGAUUCAGUCUGCAGGUUUGCAAAGUAAAUAUGAAACUGAUCCGAAUUUCGUUUUGGAAAUCUCUCAACUUGCAGCUUUGGCUUUCGUUCCUACUUCAGAUGUCAUUGAAGCAUUUGAACAAUUAAUAUCAUCUACUUAUUUUGUAAAUAAUAUGAACAUCAUUCAGCCAAUCAUAAAUUAUUUUGAAGACACAUGGAUUGGUAGAUUUACUCGUCGUGGACAACGUCGCAGACCAGUGUUUGACAUCUCUCUUUGGAACUGUUAUGAUGCUGUAAAAGAUAAAGUUCCAAGGACAAAUAAUGCGGUUGAAGGAUGGCAUCGCAGAUUCAACGAACUUAUGAACGGAUGCCAUCCAACAAUCUGGAAAUUUAUUGAUUGCUUAAAAAGGAACAAAAUUUAA